AUGAGCCUCAGCGAGGAGCAUGUGCAGAAGUUUCUGGAUGGGAACCCCGGUUUCGCCGAGAGGUACUUCGGCAAACAGCUGUGCCCCGAGCCUGCAGCCAGGGCCAGUAAGGAAGAACACUUGGUGGACUGCAGCAGCUUCAAGGAGCUGUGCCAGGUGGAAGAGAGUCAGGCGCUGUUGGAACUGGUCCAGGACAUGCAGGAAAACAUCAACAUGGAGCGCGUGGUCUUCAAGAUCCUACGGCGACUAUGCGGCAUCCUGCGCUCCGACUGCUGUAGCCUCUUCAUGUACCGCCAGCGCAACGGCGUGGCCGAGCUCGCCACGCGCCUCUUCAGCGUGCAGCCCGGCAGCACCCUGGAAGAGUGUCUGGUGCCCCCCAACUCCGAGAUCGUGUUUCCGCUGGACAUCGGGGUGGUCGGGUAUGUGGCACAGACCAAGAAGAUGGUGAAUGUCAAGGAUGUGAAUGAGUGCUCCCACUUCAGCCCAUUUGCUGACGAGCUCACCGGGUACAUGACGAGGAACCUCCUGGCCACUCCCAUCAUGAAUGGCAAGGACAUGGUGGCAGUCAUCAUGGCUGUGAACAAGCUUGACGGCCCAUGUUUCACCAGCGAAGAUGAAGACGUUUUCUUGAAGUACCUGAAUUUUGCCACCUUAAACCUGAAGAUCUACCACCUGAGCUACCUUCACAACUGCGAGACGCGCCGAGGUCAGGUGUUGUUGUGGUCAGCCAACAAGGUGUUUGAGGAGCUCACGGAUCUCGAAAGGCAGUUUCACAAGGCCUUCUACAGCGUUAGGGCUUAUCUGAACUGUGACAGAUACUCCGUAGGCCUGCUGGACAUGACCAAGGAGAAGAAAUUCUUCGACGUGUGGCCUAUGCUGAUGGGGGAGGCCCAGCCAUACUCAGGCCCACGCACACCUGAUGGCCGGGAAAUCCUUUUCUACAAAGUCAUAGACUACAGCCUCCACGGCAAGGAGGACAUCACAGUCAUUCCCACACCCCCGGCCAAUCACUGGGCCCUGGCCAGCGGCCUUCCAACCUAUGUAGCAGAAAGUGGCUUUAUCUGUAACAUCAUGAAUGCCCCUGCCGAGGAAAUGUUUAAAUUUCAGGACGGAGCCCUGGAUGACUCCGGAUGGACCAUCAAGAAUGUCCUCUCCAUGCCCAUUGUCAACAAAAAGGAGGAGAUUGUGGGGGUUGCAACAUUUUACAACAGGAAGGAUGGGAAGCCCUUUGAUGAGCAGGAUGAAGUUCUCAUGGAGUCCCUGACGCAGUUCCUGGGCUGGUCAGUGCUAAACACUGACACUUACGACAAGAUGAACAAGAUGGAGAGCCGCAAGGACAUCGCCCAGGACAUGGUUCUGUACCACGUGAAAUGUGACAAGGAGGAAAUCCAGGAGAUUCUGCCAACGAGAGAGCGCCUUGGAAAGGAGCCUGGUGAUUGUGAAGAGGAGGAGUUAGAGAAAAUCUUGAAAGAAGAGCUCCCAGGACCCAGCAAGUUCGACAUCUACGAGUUCCACUUUUCAGACCUGGAGUGCACAGAGCUGGAGCUGGUUAGGUGUGGCAUCCAGAUGUACUAUGAGCUGGGUGUGGUCCGCAAGUUCCAGAUCCCCCAGGAGGUGCUUGUGAGAUUCCUUUUCUCCAUCAGCAAAGGGUAUCGGAGAAUCACCUACCACAACUGGCGUCAUGGCUUCAAUGUGGCCCAGACGAUGUUCACGCUGCUCAUGACCGGCAAGCUGAAAAGCUACUACACAGAUCUGGAGGCCUUUGCCAUGGUGACAGCUGGCCUGUGCCACGACAUCGACCACCGUGGCACCAACAACUUGUACCAGAUGAAAUCCCAGAAUCCCUUAGCAAAGCUCCAUGGCUCCUCGAUUCUGGAACGGCACCAUCUGGAGUUUGGGAAGUUCCUACUCUCAGAGGAGACCCUGAACAUCUUCCAAACCCUGAACCAGCGACAGCAUCAGCUGGUGAUUCACCUCAUGGAUAUCGCCAUCAUUGCCACGGAUCUGGCGCUCUACUUCAAGAAGAGGACCAUGUUCCAGAAGAUUGUAGACGAGUCCAAGAACUAUGAGAACCGGAAGACAUGGGUGGAGUACAUGUCCCUGGAAACCACACGAAAGGAGAUAGUCAUGGCCAUGAUGAUGACUGCAUGUGACCUGUCUGCCAUCACCAAGCCCUGGGAGGUCCAGCGCAAGGUAGCUCUUCAGGUGGCAGCUGAGUUCUGGGAGCAAGGAGACUUGGAAAGGAUGAUUCUGCAGCAGCAGCCCAUUCCAAUGAUGGACAGGAGCAAAGCGGCCGAGCUCCCCAAGCUCCAAGUCGGCUUCAUUGACUUCGUGUGUACAUUUGUAUACAAGGAGUUUUCCCGCUUCCACGAGGAGAUCCUGCCCAUGUUUGACAGGCUACAGAACAACAGGAAAGAGUGGAAGACCCUGGCGGAUGAGUACGAGGUCAAGGUGAAGGCCUUGGAAGAGACCGUGGUGGCCAAGAAAGUGAGCACAGAGAUCUGUAACGGCGACCCCACCCCAAAGUCUUCCACCUGCUGCAUCCUGUGAG